AUGGCUUCAAAGGCUGGUAUUCUUCUUGCUCUCAACCUACUCUUCUUCACUGUGGUUAGCUCCUCAUAUGUUCCAACUACUCCAUGCCCUCCACAACCCCCAAAAGGACACAAACACCUACCUGCCCCAUACACACCUUACCCAAAGCAACCCGGUUGCCCUAAGGACGCCAUUAAGUUCGGUGUGUGUGCUAAUGUGUUGAAUUUGGUGAACGUGAAACUUGGCGACCCAGCAGUGACCCCGUGUUGCUCUCUCCUUGGCAACCUGGUUGACCUUGAAGCUGCUGUGUGCCUUUGCACUGCUCUCAAAGCCAAUGUGUUGGGCAUCAACCUCGACAUUCCUUUAAGCUUGAGCUUGCUACUCAACGUUUGUCAAAUGGAGGUUCCUGAGCAUUACAAGUGCGCUUAA